AGGAUCAAUGGCAUUUUCACCUCAUUCAGGGCAAAAUAUUGGCACACUCUCUUCAUUCAAUUAUGCUUAGAAUCCCACAGCUGAACUUGUUAAUGAAAUUCUCUAUCACAGUUAAAAACAACAACAAAAAAAAAACCCUGAAUAUGAAUGUGGAAGAAAGGCAAUUUGAUGUUUGCAAUUAUCGAGGUAAACUCCACGACCUGCUGAAUGUAUGCAAAAUGGACCCUGGAUGGCAUAUAUAAAACUGGUAUGUGGAGAGAACAACAGCAAGUAUUGAGAUUUCUUUCUGGUAGAGCAAGUCAUCAUACAGGAUCCCUACCAUGAGCACCAAGGAGGCUUCACUGAAAGGUUUGUUGCUGGUGGUCCUUCUGGUGUCCAAUAUGCUCCUGACAAAGGAAGGAGUGACUUCCUUGCCAAUCUGCCCCAAUGGAGCUGCCAAUUGCCAAGUGUCCCUUGGGGAACUUUUUGACCGAGCAGUUAAACUCUCACACUACAUCCACUUGCUUUCUUCAGAAAUAUUCAAUGAAUUUGACGAACGCUAUGCUCAGGGCCGGGGCUUUAUUGCAAAAGCUGUUAAUGGCUGCCACACUGCCUCCUUAACCACUCCUGAAGAUAAGGAGCAAGCUCAGCAGAUUCAUCAUGAAGACCUCCUGAAUAUCAUACUGGGAGUGCUGCGCUCCUGGAAUGAUCCCUUGGUCCAUUUGGCUGCUGAAGUACAAAGAAUCAAAGAGGCUCCAGAAACAAUUCUCUGGAAGGCUGUAGAGAUUGAAGAACAAAACAAGCGGCUUCUAGAGGGAAUGGAGAGAAUAGUUGGGCGGGUUCAUACUGGUGAGAUUGGAAAUGAAAUUUACUCUCAGUGGGAAGGCCUUCCAUCCCUGCAACUUGCUGAUGAGGACUCCAGACUCUUUGCGUUUUACAACCUGCUGCAUUGCCUCCGACGAGAUUCCCACAAAAUUGACAACUAUCUCAAGCUUCUGAAGUGCCGUCUAAUCCACGAUAACAACUGUUAACAAUUAGGCAAUUUUAAAUUGUCUAAUCACUUAAUGAAAUCAUUCAUCAUGGUGUUCUUCAUGCUUUGCCACCUAUCAUUGCAAACUUCAUAAAAAGUCACACUGUACAGUAUCAGUAUCAUCAGUAACUUUCAGGCAUGUUUGUGUGAAUUUUGGUUGCAACUAUUAGCACCAUGUUUCUUGGUGUUUUAAACUGUUAUCAAAUACUUGUAUGACAAGAACACACUUUUCUGUCUAAUCUCUGCACCUAGUAGCAUUUCAAUUAGAAACAGGUCAUGCAGAUAGAAAUAAAGAUGUUCUUAAAACCAAAAA